AUGAGUCUACCUACAGGGUCCGCCAUCCAUUCCACCACCAUCCUGCAGACACUUAGAGCAGCGGUAGACUAUGUAGUGUUUGUGGAUGGUGUAAUCUGUGUGUUUAGGGAACGUAGUGUAAGUGUAUGGGCUUGAUGGAGAGGAAGGAACCAGCAGAGGAGCAGAUAGAGAGCCUUCCUCUCCAGCUAUACAAGUGUGCCACGGAGAAAGGAGAUCUCUGAUUUCCCUUUCCCACAGCUGUACACAGGGCCAGAUUAAGAGCCCAGUGGGCCUGGUGCUGACACCUAAUUACAAAAUGGUAUUGACCAAAAACACUAAAACAGUCCUACCUCCUAAGAGUCAUGUAUCUGAUGGAGAUGGUGCUGGAGGGAAACUCAUAGGAUGCAGCUAUAAGAAAACACAUACCCUAUGCUAAUCUCACGCUUUCAUCUUUCAAGUAUUCCUAUACCCCUUAAAAGCAGUGUCCAGUAAAGCAGGAAGUCUUUGGAUGGGGUAAAAGGGUGGGCCACUGACACAAAUCACAUAACCAGAACUGCCAAAAGGGGCGAACAUACACUGUAUGUCCCCAUGUCUCCCAGUCCCUUAGUGUCUGUGUCCCCAUGUCUCCCAGUGUCCCCAUGUCACUAGGGGACAUUAAGAGACAUUGGGACACUGGGAGACAUGGGGACACUGAGAUACUAGGGAACACUGGGAGACCUGGGGACACUGGGUGACUUUGAGACAUGAGGGGACACUGGGAGGCAUGGGUCACUGAUAUAUAGGGGACACUGGAUACUUGAUAAAGACCUGGGUACAGGUCAAAAUGUUGCGGUGUCCAAUAAACCUGCCUUAAUCUAUCACAGUGAGUGCCUGAGAUUUUUUCUUUAUACUAGGGGACACUGAGACACUAGGAGACAUGGGGACAUUGAGUCACUGGGAGACUAGGGGACUUUGCUAGACUAGGAAACACUGAGACACUAGGGACAGUGGCACACUACGGACACUGAGAGUCACCAGGGACACAUGGGGAUCUUGAGAUACUGGGGACACUGGCAUGGGCGUCCGCAGGAAUUUUUCCAGGGGGGGGCAUAAUUGUAAUGACAUCCAUGCUUGGUACCUUUUUGACAGUGUCAUUAAAGGGAAGUGGCAUAGCCAUUAUCACAUAAAGCCAGGGUGAAUAGCGUUUUCACAACUGUGGUGUCAGGAAUAUAUGUUUGUAUUCCUGACACUAUAGUCUUCCUUUAAGCAAAAUAAAGGACCAUUCUGGUCACCAUAACAACUUCACCUAAAUGAAAAUGCUAUGAUGCCAGGAAGACCCUGGGUGCUCGCUUUCCUUUAAGGGGUUAAAUCACUCUCAAAUGGUUUAACCCCAAAGGCUUCCUCCAGCUCCAGGUCGCUCAGUGGUAUUUGGCUUCUGAAACAGAGUGUCAGGAAGUGUAGAUUGACGUCAGGCAUGGGUGCCGCUGAUUGGCUAGAGUGGACAGUUGACGCUCUAAGCCAAUCGCUAGUUCCCAGUUCAUAAAAUAUUUUUACUUUUUUAUGAAUGGGGAGCUACUGAUUGGCUUAGAGUGCCAGCUGACCGCUCUAGCCAAUCAGCAACACCCCUACCCAAUGGCACUCUGUGCUUCCUGACACUCAGUAAAUAAAAGUGAACACAUUAAUACUGAUAUUUUUUACCUUUGGAGAUGAGAAGGUCCAGCGUUUCCCUGCCUGGCCCAGGUACCAAAGCCUUAUGAUGUGGUGUCCAGAAUAAAGUGGAGGGUUCACUUCAUUUGUCCUUCCUGCUCCAAUCUCCUUUUCCUCUCCUUCAUUUGACAGUCUUUUUUUAUCUUCUGACACUGUUUUCUAUCCUUGGCCCCUUCUGCUCUUUUACCUUUCUGCUACUUUCUGCUUAUUUUGCGCCCUUCUGCUUCUUUCUCAUUCUGAUCCCUUUCUGCUCCUUGCAGACCCUUUCUGCUCCCUUUUCUACUUUAUCUUUGUGCUCCUUGCUGUUCCUUUGUGCUCCUUCUCCUACUUUACCUUUGUGCUCCUUCUGAUUCUUUCUGCUCCUUUACCUUUGUGCUCCUUCCUUGCAGGCCCUUCCUGCUCUUUGCAUGCCCUUCCUGCUCAUUCUCCUAUUUUACCUUUGUGCUCCUACUGCCCCUUCCAGCUCAUUUUUGACCUUUUCUGCUCCUUCUACUUUACCUUUGUGCUGCUUUACCUUCCAGCUCCUUGCUGACCCUUCCUGUUCAUUUCUGUUCCUUUGUGCUCCUUCUCCUACUUUACCUUUUGUGCUCCUUGCUGUCCCUUCCAGCUCCUUGCUGCCCCUUUCUGCUCCUUGAUGUCCCUUCCUGCUCAUUUCUGUUCCUUCUCCUUUUCUUACUUUACCUUCCUGCUCCUUGCUGACUCUUCAUGUAGGCUGUCUCCCCCAUCCCUUACUUCCAUAGGCGUGUGCAUGGGGUGUGUCGGGUGUGCAUGGGCACACCCUAAUCCCCGCGGCACGCCAAUGGAUUGAGACCGGCAGGGGAGAUCUCUGGGUCUCCCCGGUCGGCUCAUGCAGAGCCGACGCUAUCCGAGCGGCAGCUCCGGUCUAAGCCUCCAUGGGCCGGUGGGGAGAUCAAAGUUCUACCUCACCGGUCCACAGCAGCAUGGAGGGAGGCAGCAGAGAACCCGGGCUAGAGUUCACUCUCCACUGAACCACCAGGGAAGGCAGCAGGACUGGGAUAUUAACUAAUCUGCCCCCACCUCCACCCAAACAUACAGUACACACACAGCACCUACACACAGCACACACACACAUACAUCACCCUCGCUCACACAGCACCCACACACACCCAGCACACUAACAGCAUCCUCACAAACACACAAAACCCACACACAAACAGCACCCUGACAAACACACAACACACUAACAGGACCCGAACAAACACGCACACACAAACACACACAGCACACUACCAGUUCCCACACAAACAGCACCCUCACACACAGCACACUAACAGCACUCUCACAAACACACACAAAAACACCCUCACCCACAUAGCACACUACCAGUAUAUAUAUAUAUAUAUAUAUAUAUAUAUAUACACACACACACAUGCAUAUACAUAUACACACACAUACAUAUACAUAUACACAUGGCGUGUGUUUGUGCUUUAGGGUGCACACCCUAAUGCAAUAGGCUGUGCACACCUAUGCUCACUUCCCUAAUCUAUAGGCUGCCCCCCCAUGCCUCACUCCCCUAAUCUACAGGCUGCUGCCCCCCAGCCUCACUCUCCUAAUCUAUAGGCUGCUGCCCCCCCAGCCUCACUCCCCUAAUCUAUAGGCUGCUGCCCCCCCAGCCUCACUCCCCUAAUCUAUAGGCUGCUGCCCCCCCCAAAAAAAAAAUCUAUAGGCUAUCUCAAACCCUCCUCCCUCCCCCCACUUACCUGAUCUGUAGGCUGUCUCUGGCUGCAUGUGUUGUUCCCCUGCGGUUUCAAUCAGCAGAGAGAAGCAGGGAUAAGAUGCAGCUUCCUAUCCCUGUCUCUCUCUAUACACAGCGCCACCUACUGGCCGGCGCCGGUAUUGCAGUUCAUUUUCAAUCACACGAAAAAUAGCAGAACAAGCUGAAAAAUCCAGGGGGGGGCAAGUGCCCCCUCUUGCCCCCCCCCCUGCGGACGCCCAUGGACACUGGCUGGGAAACAUGGGGACACUGGGAAUGCCCCAUAUCUUCCAAGUCUCAAAGUCGCCCAGUGUCUCCAUGUCUCUCUGUGUCCCCCAGUGUCUCCAUGUCUCUCAGUGUCCCCUAGUGUCUCCAUGUCUCUCAGUGUCCCCUAGUGUCUCCAUGUCUCUCAGUGUCCCCAUGGUGCCCAGUGUCCGCUAGUGUUUGUAUCCCCAUUUCUCCCAGUGUCCAUUAGAGUCUGUGUCCCACGUCUCCCAGUGUCCCGAUGUCACUAGGACACUUAGAGACAUUGGGACACUGUAAGACUUGGGGACACUGAGACACUGGGAAAGACAUGGGGACACUGAGAUACAUGGGCACACUGAGAUACUAGGGCACUCUGAGAGACUGACUAGGGCACUCUGGGAGACUAGGGACACUGAGAGACAUGGGGACACUGAGAGACACCAGGGACACUGGGAGACACGGGACACUGAGACACUAGGUACACUGGCUGGGAGACAUGGGGACACAGGGGCCACUGAGACACUGUGACCCUAGUGUCUCAGGGUCCCCAUGUUCCCCAGUGUCCUUAUGUCUCCCAGUGUCCCAAUGUCUCAGCGUCCCCAAGUCUCUCACCGUCCACAUGUCUCGCAGGCUGGAAACUGCUGUCUGGACUCUCUGUGCAGAGCUGCUCCCCCGCGAUCAGUGAGUAGAGAGAGGUAGGGAGGGAGAUGCUGUAACUUCUUAUCCUUGCCUCUCUCCACACAAACAGCCACCCCUACUGGCCGGCGCUGGUAUUGCAGAAUAAUCUCUGUUUAUACUGAGACAGACAUUUGUAUUGCUGGUAUUACUGCAAUACCGGCACUGGCUAGGCAGCCUCAAAUACCUGAGAAAUACUUCUGAGAAAUACCUGGCAACCAUAAGAAAUACAUGAGAAAUACCUGGCAACCCUAAGAGUAGUGUGUAAAAAAAACAAAAAAACUAUUAUUUGUUUUAAAUCAAUGGGCCUAUCCCAUGGGCCUUGGCCUGGGCUUGGGCCUGGAGCUGCAUCUCCAUCAGCCCCUAUGUUAUUCCCUAUGUUAAUCCAGCCCUGCAUGUAACUAAAUGCACAGACAGCAAGAAUAGCCAUAUACAUAGACAGCAAAGAAUAACUAGAUACACAGACAGCAAAGAAUAACUAGAUACAGAGACAGCAAAAAAUAACUAGAUACACAGGCAGCAAAGAAUAAUUAGAUACAGAGACAGCAAAGAAUAACUAGAUACACAGACAGCAAAGAAUAACUAGAUACAGAGACAGCAAAUAAUUACUAGAUACAGAGACAGCAAAGAAUAACUAGAUACACAAAGACAGCAAAGAAUUACUAGAUACACAGACAGCAAAGAAUAACUAGAUACACACAGACAGCAAAGAAUAACUAGAUACACACAGACAGCAAAGAAUAACUAGAUACACAGACAGCAAAGAAUAACUAGAUACACAGACAGCAAAGAAUAACUAGAUACACAGACAGCAAAGAAUAACUAGAUACACAGGCAGCAAAGAAUAAUUAGAUACAGAGACAGCAAAGAAUAACUAGAUACACAGACAACAAAGAAUAACUAGAUACAGAGACAGCAAAGAAUUACUAGAUACAUAGACAGCAAAGAAUAACUAGAUACACAAACAGCAAAGAAUAACUAGAUACACAAACAGCAAAGAAUAACUAGAUACACACAGACAGCAAAAAAUAACUAGAUACACAGACAGCAAAAAAUAACUAGAUACACAGACAGCAAAGAAUAACUAGAUACACAGACAGCAAAGAAUAACUAGAUACACAGACAGCAAAGAAUAAUUAGAUACACAGAGAGCAAAGAAUAACUAGAUACACAGACAGCAAAGAAUAACUAGAUACACAAACAGCAAAGAAUAACUAGAUACACAGACAGCAAAGAAUAACUAGAUACAAAGACAGCAAAGAAUAACUAGAUACACAGACAGCAAAGAAUAACUAGAUACAAAGACAGCAAAGAAUAACUAGAUACACAGACAGCAAAGAAUAACUAGAUACAGAGACAGCAAAGAAUAACUAGAUACACACAGACAGCAAAGAAUAACCAGAUACAAAGACAGCAAAGAAUAACUAGAUACACAGAGACAGCAAAGAAUAACUAGAUACACAGACAGCAAAGAAUAACUAGAUACACAGAGACAGCAAAGAAUAACUAGAUACAAAGACAGCAAAGAAUAACUAGAUACAGAGACAGCAAAGAAUAACUAGAUACAGAGACAGCAAAGAAUAACUAGAUACAGAUACAGCAAAGAAUAACUAGAUACACAGACAGCAAAGAAUAACUAGAUACAAAGACAGCAAAGAAUAACUAGAUACACAGACAGCAAAGAAUAACUAGAUACACAAAGACAGCAAAGAAUUACUAGAUACAGAUACAGCAAAUAAUAACUAGAUACAGAUACAGCAAAGAAGAACUAGAUACACAGACAGCACAGAGUAACUAGAUACAGAGACAGCAAAGAAUAACCAGAUAAAGAGACAGCAAAGAAUAACUAGAUACACAGACAGCAAAGAAUAACUAGAUACACACAGACAGCAAAGAAUAACUAGAUACACACACAGCAAAGAAUAACUAGAUACACAGACAGCAAAGAAUUACUAGAUACAGAGAAAGAGCAAAGAAUAACUAGAUACACAACAAAGAAUGUGUGAACAAGUGUGUGACUGGGUUUUUGUAUGUGACUGUGAUUGUGGCUGCAGGUGUGUGUAUGUCACUGUGAUUGUGAUUGUGUGUCUAUUUAUGUGGGGGAUGUAUGUUCUAGAGCAGGGCUGCCCAACAGGUAGACCCCCAAAGCUAUAAUAACCUUCACAGUUCAGACCCCAAUGCCUUACGACUAACAUUGUAAAAACUUUCACCCACGCUCACUGGGAAACUCAAUCAUCCUAUCAUCAUUAAUCAUCAACAACACAGCUGAAUAAAAUUCUGUGAAAUAAAAAUAAAUAAAUAAAAAAGUUUAACGCAGAAUUAAAGAUUUACACAUGUUUCCCAACACUGGCUGUUUGUGGGUUGAUUCUUAAGAAAAAUAUAUUGCAAUAUAUCACAAGUGCAAAAAUGCACCCAAAUAAUACAAACAAAAAUAGCCAAUUGUUGCACACUAUAUAAACGCUGCCCUGGGCUGUGUGUCCUGGAGACUGACUCACUGAGUGACCACGGACGGCUUUCUGAAGGUUAUCCUUACACUUGGGGUGAGCUCAGUGGUAGCCGCUGCUUAUCUACCCACAAUUCCUGAGACUAAUCAGAACAUAUCAGCCCUGGCAAUAGCCUGCACUGACUACUACAACAAUGGAUCCAGUGAGGGCUCAAUCUUCCAGCUAGAUGGCACCGAACAUGGAACAUUAAUAGUAAGUAUCGUGACUGGUCUAUAGUAUACACUGCACCAUACAAUAUACUAAUGCUGUAACAAAGUAACAGAGACAAAUAGGAAGAGACAAAGACAGGGACAACACAUGAACAAAUAAAGACACAGAUAGCGAGAACAGACCAAAAAAUGGUCACCAAUAGCAAAGACAGUUAGAAAAGACAACGACAGACAGUGACACAGAUAGCAAGUACAGACAGAUAUGUAACUAGAUAAACAGACAGAUAUCGAAUGAUAGAUUAUAUCCAUUAUAUAAUAAUAUUAUAGAAUAACCAUUAUCAUUACAUGUGACCUGCGUACUGAGCCUACUAGUCCAGAUUCUUCAUUUAUUUCAUGAAUAGGACAAAGAUCUGACCUUCCAACAGCUCACUUUCAUAAUAAAGGAAACACAGUGUAAGAAAUCAGAGGAAAACAUCAACAAGCCGUGUGCUUUCAAAGAGGACGGAGUAAGUUACCUGCUCUUAUUAUCAACACUGAGAAAUUACCAAACCUCUUAUAAUUCCAUAAUUUGGAGAAAUUGUGAAACAAAUAUAAAAGAAACAAUUUUUUUAAUAAAAAUAAAAUAAAAUACUUAUUCUGUAAAGAAAAAAUAAUCGCACAUUAAUUUCAAAGUGAGCAGAAUGCCACUUACUAAAUAGGAGAACAGAAUCUUAAAGGGGAACUCCAUAUAAUUGUUAAUAUUAUUAUUAUUAAUUGUUAACUCAUCCCUUUAUUAAACUAAUAUGCAUUUGGGAAGUUUGAAAAAUAAAUGGAAAUUUAGAAAUUCACAAAAAGUAGAUAAAUACAGUUACAAACAAAAUAUGAGAUGAUUUCUAGAAUUAUAGAAAUAGAUUGUUAAAAUAUAUUCCUAGAUACAAUCAGAAAUAAGUGCAUAUUAUUGUUAUAAGUAAGCUUGUCUAAGCAGAGCCCUUCUCAGCUCUUGUUCCCAUUUGCCAAAUAUGUUUUAUCAAUAAUUCUCAUAUGUUUCAUUAACUAUUGAUCAACGCUGCAGAAUAUUUUGGCUUCUUAAUAAGUAUUAUAAUUUUAGUAAAUACAAGACAGAAAAGUGUUCCUUUCUCCUGUACUAACAAAAUAAUAAAUAUAAGUCUCUUCCUGCCCUUAUUUCCGAAAUAUUUAGCAUAGGUCAGGGCUGUCCAACCUUGGCUAAUCCAAGGGCCACAUGCAAAGUUAUAAAUUCAUGACAUACCUUAUAGUAUUUGUUAAUAAAGAGCAUUAAUUUUUUUAUGAAUACAUACUUCUUAAUGCAAUAGUUGUCAAACAUAACUGGUGACAAAUAUAAGCAUGUUUUGUCUUUUCAUGUCUUGAAUAUAUGUAUGUAUUUGUGUGUAGUGUUGGCAUUUGAAUGCAGUUUUAUGUUUGUAUGUACAUGUGUUUAGUGUUUGUGUUUGAAUAUAGAGUUGGUGUUUAAUUGCUGGCAUGUAUGCAAAUACACUGCCCCGCACAUCCACACUGAAACAUACCUUGACACAUACACUCACACUGACACACACAGAUACACACUGACACAUACACACAGAUGCAUACACACAUAGAUACAUACACACACACUGACACACAUACAUAUUAAAUCACACACUAGCACACAGAGAUACACACUGACUUACACACAUAGAUACACAUUGACACAUCCACACACACAUAUACACUAGCACAUAUUCAAACAGAUACAUACACACUGACACACAAAUACACACACAGAUACACACUGACUCAUACACACAGAUACAUACACACACACACUAAAAUAUACAGAUAUACACUGACUCAUACACACACUUACACACUGUAACGAGAAUAUACCCCUACACGCAGGAUCCAGCUAAACAGAGGCAAAUACAGAGGAGAGAUACGUCUACCGGACCUUAGAAUGGCCGGACUCGACGUAUAUGAGAGGAGACAGAGCCAGGAACAAACCGAGGUCAAGGGCACAGAGAGACAGCAUAAACUAGGACAAGCCGGGGUCUGGUACACGGAAAACAGCAAGCCGGCAAACAGUACAGAUAAGGAUAAAGCGAAAACGAAGUCAGAAUACGAAGCCAAAGUCAAUACGAGAAAACACAACUGAACACCACAAGCGCUAAAGGGAACUGAAACAGAAACCACGAUAGGGCAACGAGCUAAGGGAAAAAGGUAAGUUUAAAUAGCUUUUAAACGAAAGUGAUUGGCUCCUGUCACUUCCACACCCCCUAUAGGUAAUUGUAUAGGGAGUGUGGUAUGACAGGAGCCAAUGGGAGCCUUUUGGCAAUUAGGCUCCCACUGUCUCUUUAAGAGCGCGCCCGAGACUCGCGGCGCGCUCUUAGUUUCAGGCGGGACACGUGACCGCUUCACGCGGUCACUGCCCGCCUUCCAUCUGAAGCAGUCGGAUGAGCCGCGCGCGGCUCGUGCAGCCGCAGGACCGCGCGCGGCUUGAAGAGAGGACCGCGACCGGCCCCCGGUUAAGGUAAGUAACGCUACAGUACCCCCCCCUGAGGACACGCCCCCCGGGCGGGUAGGACCAGGCCUGGCAGGAAAACGAGAAUGGAAAGAGCGCACAAGACGGGGAGCAUGGACAGCAUCAGCCGAAAUCCAACUGUGCUCCUCAGGCCCAUAACCCUUCCAAUGUACCAAGUACUGAAGUCGACCCCUAAGGAAACGAGAGUCAAGAACAGCAGACACUUCAAACUCCUCAUGACCCUCCACCGAGAUAGGAGGGGGAGGAGGAGUAUGCCGGGUAUAGCGGUUGCGUACGAAAGGUUUCAACAAUGAGGUGUGAAAAACAUUAGGAAUACGUAGAUUCUUAGGCAGGCCUAAGGCAUAAGAAACAGGAUUAACCUUAUGUAUAAUACGAUAAGGUCCAAUGAAGCGGGGAGCCAAUUUCAUAGAAGGCACCCGGAGACGAAUAUUCCGCGUGGAAAGCAAAACCCUGUCCCCCACAACAUAGGACGGAGCUGCUCUGCGAUGCUUGUCAGCCUGAGCCUUCUGGCGAGUAGCAGAGUCCACCAAAGAACGCUGAACCUGCUCCCAAGUAUUACGCAAACCAGCCAAAUGCUCAUCCAGAACUGGCAUGCCCUGUGAGGAGAAUGCAGCCGGAAGAACAACGGGAUGCUGGCCAUAGACAACGUAAAAAGGGGUCUUGCCGGAAGAAUCAUGAGUGGCGUUAUUCCGAGCAAAUUCAGCCCAAGGAAGCAGGUCAGACCAAUUGUCCUGAUGGUGAGACACAAAACAACGGAGGUAUUGCUCCAGAGACUGGUUGGCACGUUCAGCAGCCCCAUUAGACUGGGGAUGAUAAGCGGAAGAAAAUGAGAGAGAAAUACCCAUUUCUGAACAAAAGGCCCUCCAGAACCUGGAAAUAAAUUGGCUACCCCUAUCGGAUACAAUAGAUACGGGAAUCCCAUGUAAUCGAAAUACUUCUCUAGCGAAGAUAUGAGCCAGUUCCUUGGAUGUGGGCAACUUGCGAAGAGACACGAAGUGAGCCAUUUUGGAGAACCGAUCCACUAUCAUCAGGAUUACUGUGUUACCAUUUGAAGGGGGUAAUUCAACAAUAAAAUCCAUGGAAAGGUUAGACCAAGGUCUCUCGGGAACGGGUAACGGAUGCAACAGCCCACAAGGAACUCUACGGGAGGAUUUCAUACAGGCACAAGUAGUACAAGCACUUAUAUAGUCAGUGACAUCCUUUCGUAAGGAAUCCCACCAAAAAUACCGAGAAACAGCUGACACCGUUUUGGAAAUACCAGGAUGUCCAGCAGUCUUAGUAUCAUGAUAUAAUGACAUAAUAUCCCGUCUCUCAGGAACAUCAACGAACAGUUUAUCAUUAGGCCUCUCGCUAGGUGCCAUGCUUUGUUUCGCUUGUAUGGCCUGCAAGAGGGACGAGGAAAUAGACAAAAUAGUAGUAGCUAUUAUCCUGUCUGGGGGAAUGACAGGAGUAACAUCAAUCUCCUGUUUGUCAGUAGUUUCGAACUGUCUGGACAGAGCGUCUGCUUUAGUGUUGCGAUCACCUGGCCUAUAGGUGAUAAUAAAAUUGAAACGGGACAAAAAUAGUGACCACCUAGCCUGCCUGGAAGACAAUCUUUUGGCUUCGCUAAGGUAGGAUAGGUUCUUGUGAUCCGUAAAAAUGAGGAUAGGAUCCUUAGUUCCUUCUAACAAAUGUCUCCACUCUUUAAGUGCUAAAAUAAUAGCAAGGAGUUCGCGAUUACCCACAUCAUAAUUUUUCUCUGCUUUGGACAUUUGUUUAGAAAAGAAGCCGCAUGGAUGCAAUGGCUUUUCAGGCGACUCUCUUUGGGAUAAGACAGCACCUACCCCAAUAUCCGAAGCAUCAACUUCAAGAAUAUAGGGCAGUGAGGGGACAGGAUGCUGUAAAAUAGGUGCAGAGGCGAACGUAGUUUUAAGAAAUUCAAAAGCCUGAAGUGCCUCGGUAGACCAAACACGAGUAUUGCCAUCCUUUUUAGUCAUACGGGUAAUAGGUGCUACAAUGGACGAGAAACCUUUGAUAAAACGUCUAUAAUAAUUGGAGAACCCAAGAAAACGCUGAAUAGCUUUCAGACCUUGCGGUAGAGGCCAUUCUAUUACAGCAGCAAGCUUCUGGGGAUCCAUACGAAAACCUUUAGCGGAAAUCAAAUACCCCAAGAACUGGACUUCGGUUUGGUCAAACAGACAUUUUUCUAGCUUGCAAUAAAGACCAUUAGCAAGAAGGGUCUUCAAAACUGUCGUAACAUGUCUGUGAUGAGUGUGUAUAUCUGUAGAAUAUAUUAAAAUGUCGUCCAAGUAUACGAUAACAAAUGUGUGAAUAAAAUCUCUUAAGACAUCAUUAAUAAAUUCUUGGAAUACUGCUGGGGCAUUGCAAAGCCCAAAUGGCAUAACAGUAUAUUCGUAAUGACCGGAUCUAGUGUUGAAUGCAGUCUUCCAUUCGUGAUUUUCCUUUAUACGUAUCAAAUUGUAUGCACUCCUAAGGUCUAAUUUAGUGAACACAGUGGCAUGUUUCAGCCUGUCAAAUAAUUCUGUAAUUAAAGGUAUAGGGUAUGCAUUUUUGAUAGUGAUUUUGUUUAGACCUCUAUAAUCUAUACACGGUCUUAAAUCACCUUCUUUCUUCGAUACAAAGAAGAACCCUGCUCCAGCUGGAGAAGAGGAUCUCCUAAUAAACCCCUUUUCUAGUGAAUCCUUAAUAUACUCCUCCAUGACACGGUUUUCUUGAACCGAUAAGGGGUACACCCUGCCCUUUGGAGGUAUAGUGCCAGGCAACAAGUCAAUAGCGCAAUCAUAGGGUCUGUGAGGCGGUAAUUUCUCAGCCUCCCUUUUAUCGAAAACAGUCUUUAGAGAUAAAUACUGAGGGGGUAUAACCGUAGACAAAGGAGGACUGGUAGGUACCUCAAUAGAAUUCAAAGGUGUGACUUCCAACGUACAAGACUCGUGGCAGGCCUCACUCCAUGAUUUUAUUUGCCCUGUCUCCCAGUCAAAAAUGGGAUUGUGAGCACGUAACCAUGGAUACCCUAAUACUAACUGUGAAGAGGGAGAGGUGAUGACCUGGAAUCGAAUGGUUUCAUAGUGUAAAACCCCUGUGUACAUGUGUAAUGGUACAGUCUCAUGAGUAACAACUGGAGAACUUAAUGGUCUACCAUCUAUGGCCUCAACGGCCAAGGGUAUCUCCUUCUCUCUGAUGGGAAUGUUGUUUCUCUUUAUAAAGCCAGAGUCUAUAAAAUUUUCAGCUGCCCCAGAGUCAACCAGAGCAUAUAUGUUGUCAACUAUACAAAUCUCUCCCAUAUAUAAAGAAACCGGGAGAAGCAAGCGGUUAGGAGGCAAUUUAGGAGACUUAGAUAUCACACCCAAGGCCAGUCCCCUAUAAGGUCUUAGGUGCGAGAGUUUUCCGGGAGUAAAGGACAUUCCUUUACCAUAUGGUCUCUCCUACCACAGUAUAGGCAGAGUCCCUCCCUUCUCCUAUGUAAUUUCUCAGUAUCAGAGAGUUUGGCAACCCCUAAUUGCAUAGGUUCCUCCUCAGACACUUUAACACUCUCUGGUAUAUUAACUCUGGGGUUAAUGGGUGUAACAAAACGUCUAUUCCUGUUCUUGGUAUAGAGCCUGUCACGAAUUCUAUUAUCUAUAUCAAUGAGGUAAUCGAUAAGGUCCUCUAAGGCAAUAGGAAGCUCCUUAGCUGCUACCUCAUCCAAUAUCGUAUCUGACAAACCUUCCAUAAAGGCAGUAGUUAACCCAUUGUUGGUCCAAUCUACCUGCGAAGCAAGAGUGCGAAACUGAAUAGCAUAAUCAGCCACAGACCUAGAACCCUGUUUAAUUCUCAUUAAUGCUCUCGCGGCAUUCUUUGACCUUUUCAUUGUGUCAAAAGUUCUACGAAAAGCCGUAAGAAAACUGUUGAAAUCAUGCACCAUAGGUCCAUUAGCUUCCCAAAUAGGAUUUGCCCACUCAAGUGCCUUAUCGGUGAGUUGGUGCAUAAAGAACCCAACCUUAGACCUCUCUGUGGGAAAUGAGCGUGGAUACAUUUCGAAGUGGAAUUCAAUUUGAUUAAUAAACCCUCUGCAAGUCUUAGAGUCCCCUCCAUACCUAGGAGGAGGUGUUAAAUGGGCCGAAGUAUUAGGCAAAGUAGAUACUUCAGGGAGAAGGGGCGUAGGAGGGUUAGGUGUGGUUGCUGGAACGGUUCUAGCUAGGAGCGUCUGGAGAGCCUGAGCUAUCUGAUCCAUACGGUGAUCCUGCUCUACAAAUCUUGCCUCAUGGGACGCCAUCUGUUGAGCUAAAUCUGCGGGGUCCAUGGCCCUAUCGUAAUGUAACGAGAAUAUACCCCUACACGCAGGAUCCAGCUAAACAGAGGCAAAUACAGAGGAGAGAUACGUCUACCGGACCUUAGAAUGGCCGGACUCGACGUAUAUGAGAGGAGACAGAGCCAGGAACAAACCGAGGUCAAGGGCACAGAGAGACAGCAUAAACUAGGACAAGCCGGGGUCUGGUACACGGAAAACAGCAAGCCGGCAAACAGUACAGAUAAGGAUAAAGCGAAAACGAAGUCAGAAUACGAAGCCAAAGUCAAUACGAGAAAACACAACUGAACACCACAAGCGCUAAAGGGAACUGAAACAGAAACCACGAUAGGGCAACGAGCUAAGGGAAAAAGGUAAGUUAAAUAGCUUUUAAACCAAAGUGAUUGGCUCCUGUCACUUCCACACCCCCUAUAGGUAAUUGUAUAGGGAGUGUGGUAUGACAGGAGCCAAUGGGAGCCUUUUGGCAAUUAGGCUCCCACUGUCUCUUUAAGAGCGCGCCCGAGACUCGCGGCGCGCUCUUAGUUUCAGGCGGGACACGUGACCGCUUCCAUCUGAAGCAGUCGGAUGAGCCGCGCGCGGCUCGUGCAGCCGCAGGGCCGCGCGCGGCUCGAAGAGAGGACCGCGACCGGCCCCCGGUUAAGGUAAGUAACGCUACACACACAUAGAUACACAUCGACUCAUAUAUACACACAGAUAACACAUACACACAUUUACACACAUAAAACAAAGAUCACAAUUUACAGAGUUUAACCACCUCCUGCUUCCAUACCUGUUUGGUGCAGGGGGAGGCAUACCUAGAGUCCAGUGGUAUCUGGCUGGGUCUGAUGGGUGCCGGGUCCAAACUCCAUGCUCUCUCUCUUCGUUUCCUCCCCGCUCUCCCUCUCCCGUGUGGCUCAUUGGUAAACUAGGAAGAAGUGCAUUGUUCUUGCUUCCUCCCAGCACGGAGGCUUCACACAGACCAGGGGGCCUGGAUACACUGUUAAACGGCCACACCCCUGUUCAAAGAUGGCCAUUGGUUGGCCCUAGGUGCAUGGGCUAGCUGAUGGGCCCCUUGAGCUUGCAGGAGGUUGUUCCACCAAAACCCACAAGUGGACCAAUGGCGGCCACCAUGGUUGCCUACUGGGUAGUCCAGUUCUGAAGCAAACAACAAACAUAUUCAUUCUGUCAGGAAAACACACUGUCCCAAAUCAUCCUAUUAGAAAGCUCUUCAUGUCUCAGUGCCUGCCCUGUCCUUGUAUUUACUGUGUUAUAACUGUGUCUCCAACAUAGGUGGUAAAGCAGUGCGCAGCAUCCAUUUUCCCUGGAGACGGAGAGAGGAAAAUUCUCGUUACAUGCAACACUUUGUAUCAAAACGUACGUUUCUCUGUUACAUAAAGCGAAGUAUAGUUAGGAUGACUGGAGCUUGGUUUAGUUAGGAUAAUUGGAGCUUGGAUUAUAGACUAUACAAUUUACAUUAUGAUACAAUCUCAUUUCUAAGGGAUUCCUUUACAAGUUCAAUUGAUUAGAAUUUGGCAAUAUGUCUGUUCUUUUACCAGACAUGGCCUGCAGGUUAGGACAUCACAGGUGGGACUCUUACUGCGGAGGAGGGGGUUAUGGCUGAGCCUUAUGAGAGUAGAACCAGAAGGAUGAUUUAUGGAUUGAUUGGUGGUAGUAGGCAGGUUAACAGUCGCCGGACAUCUUCCGUAGCCUGGGCAGAUCCAGAUUAUGUGAGGGUUAUCUGUGUUACAAAAAAAUACUUCAAAGUAACAAAUGAUGACAAGUAACAAAAUUUAUAUGAGAAAAUGUCUCCGCGCGUUGGGACGUGUGCACGCCAUGCCUUCUUCAAGAUGAUUGCCUAGUGUAAUCACCAACAGUAACCAAACACUCUCACAGUGGCAGUGUAAUGAUAUUGAUGUUACAAAGUUUUGGAGUCCAGUAGCCAGAUCAGCAAUGUUUUCUGCCAGAGGUAGCCACUCGUUACCCAGGUGGUUGAGCCCCUGAGCCUUGAGUGGCCUUCUGGUCUUAAGCAGAGAUGGGAGACUGGAACAGAAAGAUGAUAAUCGUAGUGAGGCAAGCCGAGGUCAGUGGGAAGGAGAAGCAGCAAAGUCAAAACAGUCCAAAUUCAGCAACAGGAAGGAGAAACAGGAACACGCUUGAUUAGAGAGUACAGGAACCACAAUAAUCUGGCAAAGGUACAGAGACAGGAAGUGGCUUUUAUAGGCCAAGAACCAGACACCUGACCAGACACAGCUGAAGAGAGUUGUCACUGAUAACCUUGACUCUACAAGCAAUGGUAUCAGAUCUCAGGUUAAUUUGCAAAAGGCAGGCUGGUGUACUGGUAAGGAAGAGGUUUAGCACCAUGUAAACCAGGGUUCGAAACCCAGCAGAGUCAGUUCCUCACAUUACCUCCACCUCUACAGGUGCAGCCUCUGGAUGCACUAUUUCCUGGUUUAGCAGGGUACUGUGCAUGGAAAGACUGAAGAAGAUCAGGAGCAUGAAUAUUGUCCACUGGUUCCCACAAUCUAUCCUCCUCACCAUAGCCUUUCCAAUGAACCAAAUAUUGAAGCUUGUUGCAGAAGAUCCUGGAGUCAAGAAUUUUUUCCACCUUGUAUUCAUCUUCACCAUCCACGAGGACUGGUGGUGGAGCAGGCAAGGCUCGACCAGGGAAAGUAUUUUCAUGAAAAGGUUUAAGCAAUGCCACGUGAAACACCGGAUGUAUUUUCAUGGAAUCCGGAAGUUGCAGACGGAAGGUGACUGCAUUGAUCUGAGCGAUUAUCUCAAAAGGUCCCAUGAACUUUUGACCCAAUUUAUGAGAAGGAAUCCUAAGCUUAAGAUUCUUUGUUGACAGCCAAACCUUGUCACCAACAUGAUAAACUGGGGCUUCCUUUCUGUGCCUAUCAGCAGCUCUUUUGUAACAUUCCUGAGCCUCCGAAAGAGUCUCCUUCAACAGUUCUUGGGAAUCUCGUAAGGCGGUUAGCCGGUCAGUGACUGCAGGAAUGGGAGUAGUAAUUGGGAGACUCACUAGAAAGGUUGGAUGGUAACCAUAAUUGGCAAAAAAUGGGCUCAGAGAAGUGGAGCAGUGUUGGGCAUUGUUAUAGGCAAACUCCGCCAUGGGUAGAAAAUCCAGCCAGUCAUCCUGCAGGUAACUAAUAUAGCACCGCAAAUAUUGUUCUAAAGUCUGGUUGGUUCGCUCAGUCUGUCCAUUACUUUGUGGAUGAAAGGCUGAAGACAGAUUUACAUUAAUACCUAGAAUAGAACAAAAAUAUUUCCAAAAAUGAGAUGUAAACUGCACUCCCCUGUCAGAAAUUACUUCAUCAGGCACUCCAUGCAAGCGAAAUAUUUCCCGAAUAACAAGGUCAGCAGUCUGUUUAGCUGAAGGGAGACCAUGAGCUGGUAUGAAAUGACUCAUCUUAGUUAACCGGUCCACAACAACAAGAAUGGUAGUGUGUUCCUUAGAGGGAGGUAGUUCCACAAUAAAGUCCAUGGAUAUAGAUCCCCAGGGAACGAUGAGGAAUCGGAAGAGGCUGAAGCAAGCCAACAGGGGAUGAGCGAGGAGUCUUAUGUCUGGCACAUACAUCACAAGAGGACACAUACUUCUUAACAUCCUCAUAAUAUUUAGGCCACCAAAAGGAUCGGGUAAGUAGUUCUUGUGUCUUUCGGAUUCCUGGAUGACCUGCUGGUUUAGAGUCAUGGUAGAGGCGUAAAACGUCCAGUCGCACUGAUUCUGGAACAAACAGACGUUGUUGAAAAAUCCAAAACCCAUUAAGCAUGGUCAUGUGAAGAUCACGAGGAGGAUCACGAAAAAAAUGGAUCUUUAGAGUAGCCCUUUUUAAUGCGAGACAUUAGAUCAGAAGGAAAGGUAACUCCUAAAAAUCUGCUCUCCGGCAAGAUGGUGGCCUUGGUUACUGUAGUAUGGAGGGGGACAGCUAUCCUAGACAAGGCAUCCGCCUUGCCAUAUCUGGAACCAGGGCGGUAUGAAAUAAAAAAAUUAAACCUUGAGAAAAAUAGGGACCAGCGUGCUUGUCUGGCUGACAGUCUCUUAGCGGAUUGGAUACAUUCCAGAUUUUUGUGAUCUGUGAGGACAGUAAUUGGAUGGGUGGCUCCCUCCAAGAGAUGUCUCCAUUCGGUGAAGGCAGCUUUUAUAGCCAAAAGUUCUUUAUUCCCUAUGUCAUAAUUUCUUUUUGCUGGUAACAUCUGGCGGGAAUAGAAGGCACAUGGAUGUAACAACAUCUUAGGUCCAGUCCUUUGAGACAGUAUAGCCCCAACAGCUGAAUCAGAAGCAUCUACCUCUACAGUAAAUGGCAAUUCUGGCUGAGGAUGUACCAAGAUAGGGGCAGAUGUAAACAGAGUCUUUAAUCUGGAAAAUGCAGUGUCAGCCUUAUUGGACCACUGAAAAGGAGUCCCUUUACGUGUAAGUUCAGUGAUCGGUGUAAUAACGGCAGAGAAAUUCUUAAUGAAACGCCUGUAAAAAUUGGCAAACCCCACAAAUCUCUGUAUAUCUUUUUCAUUCUUGGGGAUGGGCCAGUCCAGCACAGCUUUAAUUUUACUUGCGUCCAUACUUAAACCUUUAGGAGUUAUUACAUACCCCAGGAACUGAAUUUCUGUUUGUUCAAACUCACAUUUUUCCAGUUUAAUGUAUAGGUGGUGGGUACGAAGGCGCUCAAGAACAAUGCAGACCUGUUUUCUGUGAUUUUCAAGAUUAUCAGAAAAUAUCAGGAUAUCAUCCAAAUAUGCCACAACAAACUGAUCCAGGAGAUCCCGUAGUACAUCAUUGAUUAGAUGCUGAAAAGUUGCAGGGGCAUUACAAAGCCCAAAUGGCAUUACUAGAUAUUCGUAAUGUCCGUACCUGGUUCUGAAAGCUGUUUUCCAUUCAUCAUUUGGUCUUAUGCGAACCAGAUUAUAUGCCCCCCGUAGAUCAAGCUUCGUAAAUAUUUUAGCUGAACGAAGUCUCUCCAGAAGUUCAGGAAUGAGAGGCAAGGGAUAACGGUUUUUAACAGUGAUUUUAUUAAUGUCCCUGUAAUCGACACAUGGCCGUAGACUGCCAUCUUUCUUUUCUACAAAGAAUAUAGGAGCUCCUGCUGGAGAAGUGGAUGGUCGAAUAAAGCCUUUGGCAAGAUUUUCUUGUAUGUAUUCACGAAGUGCUUUCAAUUCAGGCUCAGAAAGGGAGUAUAUACGGCCAAAUGGGAUAGCAGCUCCGGGUAGCAGCUCUAUGGGGCAAUCAUAAGGCCUGUGAGGUGGAAGCUGAUCAGCAUUCUUCUUAUCACAGACAUCUGCAAAAUCCCGAUAUUGUAGCGGAAGCUCAGUUAAGUUUGUAGCAACCAUUUCAUUAAUUGUUAUGGUAACAGGUGUCGCCUUAGAGGGUUGACAAUUCAUUAAGCAGUUUUCUGAAGGAAAGGACAAAGUUCUAGUCUUCCAAUCAAUCUGUGGGUUAUGCAGAGCAAGCCAGGGUAUACCCAAAAUCACUGGAAACUGUGUUGAGGAAAUUAGGUGGAAAGAUAUAGACUCAUGGUGAUUCACUUCCAGAAGGGCACAGUCUCAUGUGUAACCGGGCCUGACGUAAGUGGAGAACCGUCUACUGUUUCCAUUAACACAGGUGAAGAUUUAGGGAUAGACUGAAUUUUAUUUCCUGCUGCAAAUUUAAUGUCCAUAAAGUUUCCGCCUGCUCCGGAAUCUAUCAUAGCUGUAGUUGAAAUUUUAUUAUCACCAUAUUGCAAAGUGAUAGGCACCACCAAAUGAGGAUGUUGAGUCAUCAUACCUUCUUCACCCUGAGCCAGAGAAAACAAGGGUUGUGUGACAGAAUCCAGUUGGUCUGAAAUCUGGGAUUGGUGUUGAAUCUGUGCACCCUCAGCAGUCAUAGCUAUUGUUCUUUUAGACUUGUUAGGGCAAUUGAUGGCAUAAUGCCCUGCACUACCACAAUACAGGCAUAAGUUGUGAGUGCGUCGCCACUGUUUUUCUUCAUUGGAUAAUGGCCCUCUUAUUAGAUCUACCUGCAUAGCCUCAGGUUCAGAGUCUGUAGGUGUUUGUGGGGUCGGAGUAGAAAUUCUUGAAUAGAAAGUAGGAGUAGCACUUGGUUUAAAAGAGCCCUGUCUUUCCAAUCUUCUUUCUGAAAGUCUCCGAUCAAUACGGAUAGCCAACCGCACAAAUGCAUCAAACUCAACAGGAAGAUCAACACGAGCUAGCUCAUCUUUUAUAGCUUCUGAGAGACCCCUUCUGAAGUGGAACCUCUGGGCUGAUUGGUUCCAAGUAGUAUCAGUAACCCACUGUCUGAAUUCAGCAGCAUAUUCAGCCACAGAGCGCCUCCCUUGAUGUAAAUGAAGGAGAGUGGCUUCUGCUGUAGCACAGCGAUUGGGAUCAUCAAAAACAUGGCCUCAAGAAAGUCUUUUAAAUUUCCCAAGACUGGACUGUCCUGUUCCAGAAAAGGGGAGCCCCAGGCCAGGGCUUCAUCUUUGAAGAGGGAAAAAAUAAAUCCCACCUUCUCUCUUUCAGAUGGAAAACGGUUAGGUAACAUCAUGAAAUGCAAACGGCAUUGAUUUAGGAAACCCCUAAAUUGUUUGCGGUCUCCUCUAAAUUUUUCUGGUAGAGGCAAGCGGGCAUCUUGUGCAGGUGUAACAGUAGUAGUAGCAGCAGCCGCAACAUCAUGUGCCCUGUAGCUGGUAAGCUCACUAUGCAUUGAUCGAACUUCAUUUUGCAGUUCAGCUACCUGAUCCUGCAGCACUUGAAUGGUCUGUGCCUGGGUCUGCAUAGUUCUUGCAUUAAAAGCAACCUGCUGGGCCAAUGCAGAAUCUGAUCCGACGGUCUCCAUGAAUGGGCCAGAUUAUUCUGUAAUGAUAUUGAUGUUACAAAGUUUUGGAGUCCAGUAGCCAGAUCAGCAAUGUUUUCUGCCAGAGGUAGCCACUCGUUACCCAGGUGGUUGAGCCCCUGAGCCUUGAGUGGCCUUCUGGUCUUAAGCAGAGAUGGGAGACUGGAACAGAAAGAUGAUAAUCGUAGUGAGGCAAGCCGAGGUCAGUGGGAAGGAGAAGCAGCAAAGUCAAAACAGUCCAAAUUCAGCAACAGGAAGGAGAAACAGGAACACGCUUGAUUAGAGAGUACAGGAACCACAAUAAUCUGGCAAAGGUACAGAGACAGGAAGUGGCUUUUAUAGGCCAAGAACCAGACACCUGACCAGACACAGCUGAAGAGAGUUGUCACUGAUAACCUUGACUCUACAAGCAAUGGUAUCAGAUCUCAGGUUAAUUUGCAAAAGGCAGGCUGGUGUACUGGUAAGGAAGAGGUUUAGCACCAUGUAAACCAGGGUUCGAAACCCAGCAGAGUCAGUUCCUCACAGGCAGUCAUUAACUGUCAGGCAGCAAGAAUCAUGAUAGGGCAUCAAGCAAUGAAAGCAGGGGCUUAUUAAAGGGUGCAUCACAAUUGCAUAGUGUCAUCAAUGUGGGACCAACACUAGCAGGAAAUCUAUAAUCACAAGGCUGCAGCAGGGGUCGCCCUAUGAUUAUGAUGAAAAUUCGUUAGUAUAUAAGGCAGAAUGUGUGUUUCCUGUGCCUUUAAGAACGCAUAAAAGAUGCACAGCAUUGCUAUGGAUACACAGCAUCCUUGUGGCCUUGUGCUCAAGAUAAUCUAUCUUGUGGGCAUCGCACAGUUUUCCUCACUAUGGAAACGAUGUACGUUGCCCAGCAGAGAAGGGACAAAAGAGAAUAUUAUGUGUUAAAUCAUUCAGAAACAGGGUAUUAGGGUGUCCACCUAUAUUCCUUUAUUAAAUAAGCCCCACCGAUUUCCUACAGCAGGUGGGGGUUCUGUAAAGUCAUCCACAGUUUUAAAUGGAUAUCGGAUGGGGACAUUUCGGGGGAGAGUUUGUGCGCCCACAUUAUUUAACAGGUCUUUCUUGCGACUAGGCAGCAAAACAGCCCAGCGACUGCCCGGUCACUACUUUUACAAAUGUUGUAGAUAUGCCCCCACCUGGCACAUGGCAGGUGGGGGCACAUGGAGGUUUAUUUUUCACCCCCAUAGGCCUUUUUAUAUAUAUUUUUUUACAGUUUUACUGAGGCUGUUGUCUAGCAAGUCCUAAUCAGCCUCCACUUAAUUAAACGUCUUAGUAUAAAGGGUUAUUAGCCAUUUGCCACUGGCCCAGAUUAGCGUUUGUGCUCAGAUUCUGUCUCGCAGCAUUCAGUCAGUUUGAAAUCGGACCUAAUUCACGCCCCUUCAGUGCCAGACAUGGUUAAAUAACGUGAGCAAUUUUCAUAUUUUGCAGUUUUGCUCCAUUCAGUACUGGGUCAUUUGGACUUUAGUGGAUCAUCCUGUAAGUGCUGGACCAGCAACUCGCUUAAAUAGUUAGUUGGUUUCUUGAUUUUUCGUUCUAGAUUUAGCCAGUGGUGGGAUUCAGUCGGUUCGCGCAAACCCAUUGCUAACAUUUAACAAGUUUGCCGAACAGUUGGUGAAACAGCUCAUUGGCAUGACGUACCCAGUUUAUUUAUUUACUUUUUAUUGGCUUAAAAUACAAGGUUUAUGUAUUUAAUACAUCAAUUACAUUCCCUUGCCCCCCAGGGCUUAUAUGUGUGACUGUCGAUGUACUCUUAUUAUAGGACCAAUUUUAUAUCUGAUAUCUCAAAUAAUGCAAUAUUUACCUAUUUAUUUCAGAGUAAAAAGAAAAGAGAAGUCCGAAGAGUUCCAUGCAGGUGUGUGUGUUGUAUUCGUGACCGAAAUAACAUUUGUCGACGGAACGCAGGGUGUCUGAAUCCUAUGGGAAUAAGGGAAAUAUGA